AUGCCAAAGUUAAUUCUAGUUAGACACGGUCAAUCCGAAUGGAACGAAAAGAACCUAUUUACCGGUUGGGUUGAUGUUAGAUUAUCCGCCGUCGGUGAAAAGGAAGCUAAGAGAGCUGGUCAACUUCUAAAGGAAAGUAACACUCUACCAGAUGUUCUUUACACUUCCAAGCUAUCCAGAGCUAUCCAAACUGCUAACAUCGCUCUAUCCGAAGCUGACAGAUUAUGGAUUCCAGUUACCAGAUCUUGGAGAUUAAACGAAAGACAUUACGGUGCUCUACAAGGUAAGGACAAGGCUGCUACUCUAGCUGAAUACGGUGAAGAAAAAUUCACCACCUGGAGAAGAUCUUUCGCUGUCCCACCACCAACUAUUGCUGAUGACUCUGAAUUCUCUCAAAAGGGUGAUGCCAGAUACAAGGACAUGGAUCCAAAGGUUAUUCCAUCUACUGAAUCCCUAUCUCUAGUCAUUGACAGAUUACUACCAUACUGGGAAGAUGUUAUUGCUAAGGAUCUAUUAGACGGUAAGACCGUUAUGAUCGCUGCUCACGGUAACUCUCUAAGAGGUCUAGUCAAGCACCUAGAAGGUAUCUCUGACGAUGACAUUGCUAAGCUAAACAUCCCAACUGGUAUUCCAUUAGUUUUCGAACUAGAUGAAAACUUAGUCCCAUCUAAGCCAUCUUACUACUUGGACCCAGAAGCUGCUGCUGCCGGUGCCGCUGCUGUUGCUAACCAAGGUAAGAAAUAA